GUGACAGUGGUGGUACUAGUGGUGGUGGCGGCGGUACUCCUGGUGGGGACCGUAACAGCGGCGGUGGUACUAGUGGAGGUGGUUGUGCCGGUGGUGGUGGCGAAGUCGCGGAGAAGGAGGAGAGGCCACCGGCUUCAGAGACUGUCGAGCCGACGGCCGCGUUUGACGUCGCAUCCCUCGUACUCUACGGCUCGCGCGCACUGCCGAUACGCCUUAAGAUCUUGCUCGAUCAGUUGUUCAACCAGUUGCCCCCCGCGCAAGUGACACGUAUCCUAGCUGCCUUCGGUUGGACCCACGAGGAUUAUACGCGAGGAUACAUACUGCAGGACUCGCAGAACGGCCCGGUGCUGGACCGAUGGAGUAUCUGCUCGGCUGAGGAGGAGCCGCUGGUUCUACAGCAGUUCCUCAGGUUCGCCGAGACGCGUCCGUUUGUGCAGCAGUUGCUGCUGGCCGCCGGAACGCCGGGUACGGAUGCUAUGUCACCGAGCAGACGACCUUCGCCGCCGACGAUGCCACUAGCACACUUGCCACCUCCGUUGCACAUGCUACAUUGCGGGCUGGCGCCACCGGGUUCCCGGUUGCCGCAUCCGCUGCCGCCUCCUCCGCCGCCGCCGCCGUCGUCGAUCUCGCACUCGUCGAUGUCGCCGACGGCGCAGAAGCACCACUAUUCCUCGUCCACGAUGAAUCCCAUCGGCGGUGUCGCCAGCAGCAGAGCGAACUCGCCGCCGCGCUCCCUGGACUCGCACCUGACGGUCUCGCCGUUGAAUCGGCUGCAGAGCAUGCAGCCGUUCGACUUCCGGAAACUGGGCACCCUCGGGCUGCCGGCGUUUCCGGCGUUGCCGCCGCCGCCGUCCGCGGAGCAGCUGCUGCAAAAUCGGAAGUCCAUGAGGAAUCAGCAGAGUCCGCACAGUCCGCCCCAUCAUUCGUCCGCGGCGUCGCAGCUGCAGAGGCCGCACAUGCCGGUCGCGCCGGUCUCCUCGUCGGCGUUGACCUUCGGACACCCGCUCUCGGUCGCCGUCUCCUCCGGCGCGUUACCGCCGAGCUUCCCGACGCAUUUCCCGCCACCACCGAUGGGCAAAUCACCCGGUGGAAUUGGCGCCGGGUUAACCAUAUCCGCGGACGUGCACAGCGGCGGCGAGAAGAGCAGCGAGUUCGGUUCGGAAGAGGACGAGGACGACGAGGAGAACUCGGACAGCGCGCUGAACCUGAGCAGACGGGACUCCGCCUUGUCGAAGCACUCGCUCUCCGAUCGGCACAACCCGCCUCCGUUAUCCCUCCAGAGCGCGACCUUGGGCAGGCCAACCGGUAUACCUGGCAGGAAGCCGCACUCUCCGGGUAAACGACCAGGUAGCCAGUGGAGCGCAGCCGCGAACCUGCCGCCGAAUCUCGGGACGCCCUUCAUCAAUCCCACCACCGGCAAGAAACGCGUCCAGUGCAACGUCUGCCUCAAAACCUUCUGCGAUAAAGGCGCGUUGAAGAUCCACUUCAGCGCGGUGCACCUGCGAGAGAUGCACCAGUGCACCGUCAAGGGUUGCAGCAUGAUGUUCAGCUCGCGCAGAUCUCGCAACCGACACAGCGCCAAUCCGAACCCGAAGCUGCACUCGCCGCAUCUACGUCGCAAGAUCUCGCCGCACGACGGCCGCUCGUCCAUGGCGCACGCCCUGGUGUUGCCGCCGCAGGUCGGACUUCCGGUACCAGCUUCCGGACUGAAUCAUCUGCCGUUCGGCUCCUUCCCGUUGCUCACGCCGCCGCCGGAUCUUCGUUCGCCGGCCUCGUUGUGCGCUCUGGACUUCAAGCACCUGGACCUGUCGUCUACGCAGGGCCAGGGCAGACCGUACGACGAUGCGUUGCAUCAGCAGAGAAUGUCGGUGAACGCGAGUCUGUCGACCACCACCACGACCUCGACGACGAUGCCGUUGGCGAUGUCCAGCGCCGCGCUCACCACGACCACGACGCCGGCGCGAGGUUCGUAUCCUGGUGGCGGCGCGGUCUCACCAUCCACUCAGGCGUCGUCCAUGAUUCCGGAAGGCGAGGAAGAUGACGAUGACGACGAUGGUGGGAUCGUUGUGGUCGCGGAAGAUGAGACCAGCAAUCUGCCAUCUAGAUUGCAGCCGCUACGUACCGACGACGAUGAGCAGCCGGCCGACUUCAGUCUAGCGAAGCGACCGAAGCUAUACUUCGGCGACACUGCCGACGAGGAUCUCGCCAGCAAUCCGGAUAGCAACGAGGACAACGACUCGAUGGGCACGAUCGAUCAGCAGUCUUUCUCCGUGAGCCAACACUCGCUCAACUCGAGUUCCUUCCAUAGCCGGGGCGUGCGCAAGAGGAAGUCCCAGCAUCCUACGAGAUGUGCCGUGCCGGUGGAAGUGCACUCUUCGUCCACGGACGGUGACUCCUCCAACGACGAGGAACAGCGGAUCCAACGACGUUGUCUAUCCGACAGCGUCGUCGCGCCGACGCCGAUGACCGAGUUUCAGAAUCAGCCAGAAGACAUGUCGAUGUCCAGGCUCGAAGCGGAAGAGCGAAAGAUACUCCCUGGUUCACCGAGAAAUCUCAGAGGCGGUUUUCACGAAUCGGACUCGCGCUCGCCGGAUGCCGCCAAAGAGCGCGAGACGUCCGUCAAUAAUCGACGCGACGCUCCCUCUUCCCAGGACAACGCGGAGGAUCUUCAGGACGAACCGCGGGACUUGAGCUCGAGAGCGAGCAGCAUCAAAUCGCCGAAACGACAGAUCACUCCGGAACCAAAGAUCGAUAACGCACCGUCGUCGAGCGCAACGCCGUGCGGGGCGACGACAACGACAACUUCUUCGGCGAAGAAUUCUGACGCCACGUCGUCGUCCGAGCAGAAAGAUCGGCGGCAGAGCGUGGAGAGUGACGAAACGAAGGCGAAAGAGGAAACGACCGCGAAGAGAGAACCCGCCGAGACGUCUGCGCAGGAGGAGAGAAAAGCAGUGAACGAGGUGGAGCACCAGGAGGACGAGGAGGACGACAAUGAUGAGCCCAUGGAAGAGGUCGAAGAAGAUGAGGAGGAAGAGGAUGAUGCGGACGACGCGCUGCGCAAUCAAGAAGGUGAGCGUCCCGAUGAUCCCCCCCGUGCCCCGAGCUCGGUCGACAGCCGUCCGACGACAGCCGACGACCUCUCCCACGACUCCUCGACCAACACUUUGCGUCAACUCGAGUCCUUGUCGCAGGGUCGAUGCGCGAUGCCGUACGCCGAGACGCAGCGGGUGGCUUCGAGGUCUGGCCGCGGCUCUACCAGCCCUAUCAGCCUCACGACCCACCAGGAGACCACCAUGGACAACUCCUCACAUGGCUCUCGUUCAUCCAGCGCCUCACCCUCCACAGCGGCCAUGGAUACGGACAAUAGCCUGAUCACUUACGCGCGCUACGAGAACGGCGGCUUCGUCAGCACCCAGGAGGUGCCGCUCGACCGUGAGAAUCCGCGCCGUUGCACCGCUUGCGGCAAAGUCUUUCAGAAUCACUUUGGGGUGAAGACCCAUUAUCAAAACGUUCACCUUAAACUGAUGCACCGCUGCAGCGUAGACGGUUGUAACGCAGCCUUCCCCUCGAAACGAUCUCGCGAUCGCCACUCGGCGAAUCUUAAUCUGCAUCGGAAACUGCUGUCGACCUCGUCGAGUCCACCGCUCUCGUCCAGUCUGCCGCCGAGUCUAUCACCGCGCGUUGACGAUCCGCAGAUGAACCCGUUGCUGCAUAACGAGUUCCUGGCGAGACUCUACGCCGACGCUGGCAUAGGCGCCUUGGGUGCGUAUCCCUUAGCACCUAGCCUACCGUCCGCGGUUGAUCUGGCGGCCAGGAUACCACCGCCGCAUCCGCUGCUGCUGCCGCCGCAUCUCGGCGCCCCCUUCCCGGGUCUUUCCUCGUUCGCGUCUCACCUGGCCGGUCUGAACGGCCUCACUCAUCAGCACCUGAACCACUUGACGAGACUGACCCAGGAUCAGGGCAACAGGCACGUGUCUGCCUCGCCCAUGUCCUCGCCAGGCUCGGACGAUCGUAAAGAGGAGGCUAGGUGCACUAUACCCGGCUGCGAACGUGUCUUUGGCUCCAGGGCCGUGCGGGACGCGCACUCUAGGGACCCCCAGGCCCACCGCGAUUUGCCGAUCCUGACCACCAGCAGCGGCUCGUGACCGAUCUCGUUCUGCGGUCGCGGACACAAUUAUUAUUCCCUACUGUGAUGCCAAAAUCCUAACGGCGACUCGAUCGAUCGCCGAUGAUCUCGUUUCUAUGUAGGGAUCGGCAGAUGAUGCGGUCUUCGCGAACGUUGCCCUUAUUCGAAACGUUCAACGGGCGUGCAUAAAAACGUGCAAUAUCGAGCGGAGUGCAUUCGGGAUGAUCAACCAUCAUGUGACUUUUACGAAGUGGUUCCGUUAAUCAAGGUCGCCGAGAAUCUGCCCACGGAGCCAGUUUCAAUGUGGUAAACAAAAUAUCUGCCUGCCAGUUCUUUCCAUUUCUCAGAUUCAUUCGUCAGGAUAUUUGUUGGGCUAAUCUAGUCAAUCUGGAAAUUUUAUUUCGCGCGUUAUCAGAAAUGAUAAGGUAUAAUAGUCGCGCGCUGAAUCGCUGCCGAUCUAUCUCGCUUUAUUAAUCGACAAUAUUGCGCAAGAUAUUUUGACAAUAUCAAAUUUUGUAUUGAUAAUAAUGAAGAUGCAUCGAAAUAAACUUGAGAAACGCACACGUCUGAUAAGUCAUAAGUUUUUUUUUCAAAAGAAACGACAGAUUCUUGUGGAAGAUUUUAUUUGAGCUGGAAUAUGUAGCAGCUUAUGCAGAUCAUAUUGCAUAAUACUUGAUUAUAUUAUAUUUGAAGCUUCUCUUGCGCGCAUUUUGUAUAAAAUUGAAUGAUUUUAAUUCGAAAGAGCAUAGAAUUUUAAAAGCUAUUUAAAUAGCCUAUUAUUUAUAAUCGUUAAAGAAGAAAUAAUUUAAUAUUUAU